AUGCAGGCUCGCUACUCCGUGUCCAGUCCCAACUCCCUAGGAGUGGUGCCGUACCUCGGCGGAGAGCAGAGCUACUACCGCGCCGCUGCGGCGGCGGCCGGCGGGGGCUACACGGCCAUGCCGGCCCCGAUGAGCAUGUACUCCCACCCGGCCCACGAGCAGUACCCGGCCGGCAUGGCCCGAGCCUACGGGCCCUACACGCCACCUCCGCAGCCCAAGGAUAUGGUGAAGCCGCCCUACAGCUACAUCGCCCUCAUCACCAUGGCCAUCCAGAACGCUCCCGAUAAGAAGAUCACCUUGAACGGGAUCUACCAGUUCAUCAUGGAGCGGUUCCCUUUCUACCGGGACAACAAGCAGGGCUGGCAGAACAGCAUCCGCCACAACCUCUCCCUCAACGAGUGCUUCGUCAAGGUGCCCCGCGACGACAAGAAGCCCGGCAAGGGCAGCUACUGGACCCUCGACCCCGACUCCUACAACAUGUUCGAGAACGGCAGCUUCCUCCGCCGCCGCCGCCGCUUCAAGAAGAAGGACGCCGUGAAGGACAAGGAAGAGAAGGACCGCCUGCACCUCAAGGACCAUGCUCCGCCGCGCCCGCCGCCGCCCGCCGCCGCCGCCGAGCCCGAGGGCGGCCCCGCCGGGGGCAGCGCCGCGCCGCCGCCGCCCGUCCGCAUCCAGGACAUCAAGACGGAGAACGGCACGGCCUCGCCGCCGCAGGCCGUGUCCCCCCCCGGCGCCGCGCCGCCGCUCGGCGCCGUGCCCAAGAUCGAGAGCCCCGACAGCAGCAGCAGCCUCUCCAGCGGCGGCAGCCCCCGCAGCACCCUCCCCUCCAGCCGCUCCCUCAGCCUGGAGGCCCCCGAGCCCCCGCCGCCCCCGCCGCCGCCCCCGCCGCCGCCCCACCACCACGGCCCGGGUUUCAGCGUGGACAACAUCAUGACCUCGCUGCGGGGCUCGCCGCAGGCCGCCGCCGAGCUGGGCGCUGGCCUCCUGGCCCCCGCCGCCGCGGCCCCGCGCACCGGCAUCCCGCCCGCCCUGUCCCUCGGCGGAUACUCGCCGGGACACAGCUCCGUCUACGGCUCGCCCUGCGGCCAGGCGGCCGCCGGAGCCGCCGCCGGCACCUACCACUGCAACAUGCAGGCCAUGAGCCUCUACGCGGCGGCGGGAGGCGCCGACCGGCCCGGACACCUGCCCGCCGCGGCCGCCAGCCCCGCCGAGGACCCGCUGCCCGAGUACGCGAUGCCCUCGGGCGGCGGCGGCGGCGGCGGCGGGGCGGGGAGCGGCGGCGGCGGGGCGCUGGGGCACGGCGGGCUGGGCGGCGCGGCGGGCGGCCACCAGGAGGGGCACCACCCGCACCCGCACCAGGGCCGCCUGGCCUCCUGGUACCUCAACCAGGCGGCGGCGGCGGCGGCGGCGGCGGCGGCGGCGGCGGGGGAGCUGGGCCCGCUGGCGGGCGCGGCGGGAUACGCGGGGCCGCAGCAGGGCUUCGCCGCCGGCCCGAGAGAGGUUUUCGAGGCGCCGCGGCUGGGGCUCAGCGCCUCGCCGGGCGGCGGAGGCGGCGGCGGCGGCGGAGGCAGCGGGGCAGGGGGCGGCGGCGGCGGCGGCGGGGCGGGGGGCGGCGGGAGCUGUCAGAUGGCCUUCCCCGGCAGUCAGCCGCUCUACCGCACCUCCGGGGCCUUCGUCUACGACUGCGGCAAGUUCUGAGCUCGCCCCGUCGCGGGGACACCGCGGGAACUCCGCUCCUGUCCGCUCCGCUCCUCUCCGCUCCGCACCGCGCCACCGGCCCCCGCAGCGACCGCGGAGGGAAGCAAGCGCGUGGCGAAAAGCUUUUGUACAGAGACAGCCCCAAAGCAUGUCUUGGUUUGUUAAAGGACAGUGUUACUCCAAUAACACGUAAGUUUUUUUUUAUUUUCCUAAUUGCUUUGAGAAAUACUUUUUUUUUUUCCCGCCCCCCACCCGGCGCUCUUCCCCGUCCCUUAAGAUAUUUGUCAUGCCCCGUGAUUAAAAGGGAGCGAAAAGUCCAGCGUAGAGUACCAGCUUCUUUCCCCCUCCCCUUCCUCUUCCAGAAGGACUUGUUUGAAAAUGUAAAUUGCGACAUAGUAAUUUAUUUUUAAUUUGUAGUUGGAUGUUGCGGACCAAACGCCAGAAAGUGUUUCCCCCUUUCCUGAAAAGUGACGUUAAAAUUGACUGAAACGCUGAUUUUUUUUCACUAUAUAUAAAAAAGGAAACUGUAUUAAUCUUAUUCU